AUGACGGAAUCGAGGGCCAGGAACGUAUUGGGCCUGGUGGACGAGGAGCUGUUGAUGGGGGUCAUGGCCAAGUCACCCCGGCUGUCUGUCUUUGUCAUGGCCGGGUUCCCCUUUGACCACGACCAAUUGAUUCGGAGGAUCGCCGAUCGGAUAUCGUCUGGUGGAGAAGGUGGUGUUUCAGAGUUUAAGAAACUUGAGUUGGUCAAUCCGCAUUAUGGACGGGCAAGGGUACGAUCGAUUGAGUACUUGUUGAGCCGUUGUCCGCCGAGCUUGGAGGAGCUGCUGCUCUCGAUUUCAUUUGGGAGUCGGGCUGAACUGGAUUCUGAGGGUGAUUUUCAGGACGUUCAGUUAACGCAACAAGAACAAGGACAUGAGCAGGAACAGGAUGAACAAGAUGAACAAGAACAGAUGGAGGGGACAUGGAAGUUAAAGAAGCUAUCGAUUGGAGGUGAUCUGGGUGGACCGGGAGGAUUGAUCUGGCUCCCUCUCCUUCGCCGCUGCAGUCAACUCCAGAAUCUGAGCGCCCACCUCUUCACUGAUGACUCUCUGGAAAAACUCUCGUCAGUCCUUCGUUCGUCAUGUCCGGAUCUGAACGAGUUGACGCUAAAUUGCAUGACGGGCGGAUCUCAGGCCGACGAACAGAUUGCGAUGUUGAUUCGGUCCUCCAGAGCUUGGAAAAACCUGUCGCUCUCGUUCUUUCACGGAUUUGGACCUCUCUCAACAGCAGCACUGAUCCACCAACACUCGACUACUCUGGAGACGUUGGUCCUCACGGAAUGCGAUGGAUUCUGUAGCGAGGAUAUCCAGACUGUCCUGAGCUCCUGUGUGAAUCUGCGGACCUUCCAGGCAAUGACGUCGAGCGGGACCGAGUUCUCGAGCACGGUGUAUCUGGAUGCGAGCGAGAUGGUCGAUUCUCCGUGGGUGUGUCUGGGCCUCGAGAAAUUGAAACUAGUCAUCACAGGGAUUGCACGACCCGAUCUGAAAAAGGACCAGUACGGGAGACGGCUGACAGGGCCCUUACACGACGGGACCAUUCAGGGAUACGAGAUGCAACAAAUUGUGUACAGUCAACUCGGCAAUCUGACACGACUCCAGGAACUGUGGUUGGGUCAUGACACACCCGACCUGGACGACGAGGAAAACUAUCAUCCGACAGAGGUGGAUGGCCAAUGGCGGUAUAUCGACCCAGAUGAACAGUUUGAGUGUCUAGAGUUCUCGUUGCGGAGCGGGCUAAAUCUGUUGGGAGGGUUGACGGAAUUGAGGGUGUUGAAUAUGGACAGGAUGAAUAUCCGGGUGGGGCUGUCGGAGGUGCAGUGGAUGGCGUCGAGAUGGCCGAGGUUGGAGAAGAUUGUUGGAUUGGUGGUACAGGGCGAUGCUGUGCCCAAGUAUGUCCAGUGGUUGUAUGAUCAUCGACCUGACAUUGAGCUUCCACCUGUGAUGGACGAGAAGCAUGCGACCCUCAAGACCCGAGAGGCGAAACGUGCUCUUGCUUUGCAAAGAGCCCAGGGAUGCAUCGGUGACAUGGAGGCGCGAGUUGGAAACCAGCGAAAAGUACAGAAACGCGACUUCAACAAACUUUUCAAGAACAUCAGAGCCGCAUUCUACUGGUCUCAGGAGUCCCGCAGUUCUUUAGCACACCACUUGACCAACAGUGGAUGGAACGUCGUUGUGUGUCCUUCGGAGGCCGAUAUUGCGAUUGCCGCUGCUUGCCAACCAAAGGAUAUUAUCGUUUCGGGAGACAGUGACAUGCUGAUCUACGACACUGUCAAGUCUGUAUGGAGGCCAUUGUCACGAGGACGGUUCCUUGUCUACGAGUUCGCCGCGGUCUUGGACCACCUUGCACCAUUUAUGCUGGCCAAGCAGAGGAGUCUAGGGAUGUUUUCAGCCGUUACGAUACUGUCGAUCACCCUCCGGAACGUCACCCUCGUUCUCAUGGUUCUGGAAGACCUUACAAGUACCGUCAACGAUAUGCCAUAA